AUGUAUGGAAGCACCAUGGACAUGGUGUUCCGUGCAGGCAAGGAUUGGUCAGAUGGGUAUCCCGAUAUCAGCAUUCACCGCCCAUCUGUCACCAAACCCAACCCCGUUGGGCGUCGCCACCACUACUCUUUUUCCCCGCCUCUACUCUUUCUCUCUCUUUCUCCCUCAUACUUUCCUUCACCCAACUCCUCUGCAACUCCUGACAAUUUUCCUUCUCUUGCUUCCACUUGUUCUUCCUCCACUGGUCAUCUUCUCUUUUCCAUUGUCUUCCACACCAAUAUUACCUCCAAUGGCUUCUUCCCAUCCCACCACCAGAGCCUUUCUCCUCUUCCUCGUCUCACCAUGGAUCAGAAUAUCCCAAAACUAAACACAACCACCCCUGGUUUUUCCGAGGAUCAUCGGAUUCUACAGAAUCAAGUAGAAGAAGAAACCCAGUUUCUCCAAUUUGGGUUUCCUUCUGAUUACAUUGAUUCGUCUAUGUUUCCGGUGAACCCUUUGGGAAUGGAAGAAUCUGAUGGGUUCGAGAGAAUGCUGGAUACAGGGGUGGGGACUUCUUAUCCUCAGGAGCUGUUCUCACCAUUAUCGAGAUCAAAACUUCAUCAGCAACUUAUCAGAUGGCCUUCUUCAAUAACGAAGGCAGCGAGGAGUAAAAGAAGAAUAGCAAGGAGAAUGGGUUCUUCGGGCUCUUUAUCUUCUUCUUCCUCUUCACAAACUUUCCCUGCUACUGCUACACCCAACGAUGCUAACAACAUCGACGGUGAAGAUACCAAAACCAUUACAACAUCUGAUAACAAGACACUGAGAUUCUUGUUUCAGAAAGAAUUGAAAAACAGCGAUGUUGGUUCCCUGGGAAGAAUCGUUCUCCCAAAGAAGGAUGCAGAAGCACAUCUCCCGAUCCUUACAGUGAAAGAAGGGAUCCAAAUUGCAGUAAGAGAUGUCUCCUCCACCACAGUCUGGUGCAUGAGAUACAGGUUUUGGCCAAACAAUAAUAGUAGAAUGUAUUUACUAGAAAAUACAGGGGAUUUUGUGAAGCAGAAAAGCCUUCAAGCUGGAGAUUCAAUCAUGGUGUAUGAAGAGGAUGAAAGCAAGGAGCUGUUCAUCCUAGGAAAGAAGGCAGAGCCCAAACCUGCUGUAAGGCCCAGGUUUCCAACGAGCCGACCUCUAUACUAUGCACCACUUCUACAACAACUACAACAACUACAA